CCACCCCGCAGGGAGGCGGGCCCGCCCGGGAUAAGUUCAGCCGAGGUGGGAUCUCCGCAGCCGCUGAGGACGACCGCAGUCCCGACUCGGCACGAAGAGAGAAGCUCCUGUCAGGUGACUGGCUCUGAUCUUCACCAUGGCCAUGGCAACCAAAGGAGGUACCAUCAAGGCUGCUUCAGGAUUCAGUGCCACCGAGGAUGCCCAGGCCCUGAGGAAGGCCAUGAAAGGACUUGGCACCGAUGAGGACGCCAUUAUCAGAGUCCUGGCCUACCGCAACACUGCCCAGCGCCAGGAAAUCAGGACAGCCUACAAGACCACUAUCGGCAGGGAUCUGAUGGAUGACUUGAAGUCGGAACUGAGUGGCAACUUCGAGCAGGUGAUCAUAGGCAUGAUGACGCCCACCCUGCUCUAUGACGUGCAGGAGCUGAAAAGAGCCAUGAAGGGAGCUGGCACGGAUGAGGGUUGCCUGAUUGAAAUCCUGGCCUCCCGGACCCCAGAGGAGAUUCGACUUAUUAACCAGACCUACCAGCAGCAAUACGGACGGAGCCUUGAAGAUGACAUCCGCUCUGACACAUCGUUCAUGUUCCAGCGGGUGCUAGUGUCUCUGUCAGCUGGUGGCAGGGAUGGAGGGAAUUACCUGAAUGAUGAUCUCAUGAGACAGGAUGCCCAGGAACUAUAUGAGGCUGGAGAGAAGAAAUGGGGGACAGAUGAGGUGAAAUUUCUAACCAUACUCUGUUCUAGAAAUCGCAACCAUCUCUUGCAUGUGUUUGAUGAAUACAAGAGAAUAUCACAGAAGGAUAUUGAACAGAGCAUUAAAUCUGAAACAUCUGGUAGCUUUGAAGAUGCUCUGCUGGCUAUAGUAAAGUGUAUGAGGAAUAAGCCUGCAUACUUUGCUGAGAGGCUUUAUAAAUCUAUGAAGGGCUUGGGCACGGAUGAUAGCACCCUCAUCAGAGUGAUGGUUUCCCGUGCAGAGAUUGACAUGCUGGACAUCCGGGCAAAUUUCAAGAGGCUCUAUGGAAAGUCUCUGUACUCUUUCAUCAAGGGUGACACCUCAGGAGACUACAGGAAAGUCCUGCUCAUUCUCUGCGGAGGAGAUGAUUAGAAUAAAAUCCCAUGACUGGAGGAUUCUCAACACUGAUUGCUUUUUUAACUUCAUUUUUCUACACUGCUAUUAGCGUUAUCUCAGGAUGCUUAUUUCCAAUUACAACGCCUACAGUUGCCUCCCAGGGUAUAGACUGUAUCAUUAUUAUCUAUAAUUAGUCAUUUCGAUGCUUUAAAGCUGUACUUGCGUUUCAAAGCUUGUAAGACCUAAGUGAAGAGUUAAAAUUGGAGCUUAAAAUAUGCUCCAUGUUUCUAAGGUUAUUCCUUGUGUUUCACAGAGAUUGAAUGUGUUGUUUUAUGUGUUUUGCUAGUUGGAAAAACAAAACAAAACAACAACAAAAACCUUAAAAUGGAAGAUUGUCUUGCAAUCACUUUUUUUUUCCUAACCCUACUUUCAGAAUGGCUGGUAAUUUCUUCAUUUGAAAUUGUGAGCACCUAAUUAGUAAGAUACCCACCCAUUUCAUGUAGACACACACUGAAAGGAUCUACACUUCUCUUUUUGGUUUUGUCUAUAGCAUUAGUUGACGUUUUAUUCUGUAUCAUGGGAGAAUUCAACUUCUUCUGUGUUGAGAUUUUUCUCCCAAAUCACCAACACAUGUAAGCAAACUAAAUUUGAAAUGUAGUUAUACAGAUCAUAUAUGUUUAGGUGUCAAACAUAAAUGCUAACAUUCCACAAUAUUAGGGUUAGUGUCUUACUCUAGCUUAAGAGUGAGUGGGGAAAAAAUCUUUGAAUGAGAUAAUUCUGGUAACACUGUAAUGAUCUGAAUUUAGCUUGGUUUAAAAUGUUUGUGAUAAAUGUAAUUUUAGAAAUCUUUUUUAAUUUUGUUGAUUUGUAGUAAUUUGCAUUGUGCUUUUCCACCUUACUAUCACUGUAUUGGAUUUAAUUGAAAAAUUUGGUUUGAUACAACAUGGAAACAUUUAAUAAAAAUGAUUAUUUUAAAUGA